GUCUACUUCAAUCAACAACAUGGCACCAGAAAAGCUCGCUAUGUUCCUUCUUGGCGUCUACCUAGUUGUAACCCCCGUACUCGGUGUGUACGACAGAGAUAGGGAUGCUCUUCUGAAGGGGACGUUUCCAGAAGAUUUCAUCUGGAGCUCGGCUUCGGCUGCCUACCAGAUAGAAGGGGCCUGGAACGCUAGCGGCAAGGGUCCGUCCGUCUGGGACACUCUGGCACAUCAAGGCAACAGACAAGACACAGGCGAUGUAGCGUGUGACAGCUACCACAAGUACCCAGAAGACGUGCAGCUGAUGAAGCAGAUGGGACUGAAGUACUACCGCUUCUCCAUAUCAUGGCCCAGAAUCUUCCCUACAGGUGAGCAACAGGAUGGGGUGAACCAAGAUGGCGUCAGAUACUACAACGCCCUGAUCGACGAGUUGAUAGCCAAUGACAUCACGCCGAUGGUUACCCUGUUCCACUGGGAUCUGCCGCAGGUUUUACAGGACCGGUACGGAGGCUUCCUGAACAACCUCACCACCAACAGUACCGUGAUCCACGAUCUGUUCGGGGAUUACGCCCGCUUCUGUUACCGGAACUUCGGGGAUCGCGUGAAGUACUGGAUCACGUUUAACGAUCCCUGGAUCAUAGCUCUGGAAGGUUAUGGCAUCGGCACCUACCCUCCUAUGCUUACUGACCCUGCCGGGCAGUACAUAGCAGGACACAACAUCAUCCUGGCUCACGCCAGGGCCUACCACAUUUACAACGACGAAUUUAGGGCCACGCAGAAUGGCAAGGUGAGUAUCGCCCUGAGUUGUGACUGGGCCGAACCCAAACUCCCCCACCAGCCGGCGUCUGUUGCUGCUGCCGACCGGUACGUCCAGUUCUUCCUGGGCUGGUUCGCUCAUCCCAUCUACAAGAACGGCGACUAUCCGGAAGUUAUGAAGACAACCUUAGCGAGGAAGGCACUCGAAGAAGGCAGAACCUCCUCACGUCUGCCUGAGUUCACAUCCCAACAGAAGUCCUACAUCAGGGGAACCGCUGACUUCUUCGCCCUCAACUUCUACACAACCGUAGAGGUGGAAGACAAGGGCCAUAUUGUAACAGAUAAUCCCACCUAUUUCACUGACAUCGAUGUUAUAAAAGACCACCCAGCUGACUGGCCGCAGUCGCCAUUCGGUUGGCUGUACGUCGUGCCGUGGGGACUCCGGAGAGCUCUGGGAUUUAUCCGGAACGAAUACGGAGAUCCGGAUAUCUUCAUAACGGAAAACGGAAGGCCUGACCAUGACCGUGAUCCACCCAUCCUGAUGGACAUGGACCGGAUCUGUACCUACAUGAUGUACACCAACGAGGUCAUGAAAGCUCGCAACCUGGACAACGUCAAAGUGAAAGCCUACACGGCCUGGUCACUGUUAGACGGUUUUGAGUGGAUGCCGGGCUAUACCGUACGUUUCGGGCUUUACUACGUGGACUUCAGUGACCCCGACCGCAAACGAUAUCCGAAGGCUUCGUCCAUCUUCUACAAACAGUUGGUGAGAAACAACGGCUUUCCUGAGGGGUCAGAGUUCACCAAGUACGUGGAGACCAUGUGGGACGUCUGCCACAGGACGCCACAGGCAGGACUGCACGGACGCACAGGGGGCGCUUCUCAGAUCUCGCCCCUGGUCUCGCUGUUUCUCGCGAUACCUGUGGUGGUUGCAUACAGCUUUAUUAGCUUAACCACUGUCAAACUCAACAUGUUGACAUAUAUCUGUCAUUUUGCAGCGUCUCUGGUACCUGUAGGUUUCAUCAUGGCACCUGAAAAGUUCGUAUUUUUCCUUCUUGGCGUCUUCCUUGUUUUUACUCCCGCUUACGGAGCGUACGACAAGGAGAGAGACGCUCUACAUAAGGGGACGUUUCCGGAUGAUUUCAUCUGGAGUUCGGCAACGGCUGCGUACCAGAUUGAAGGGGCCUGGAACGUUAGCGACAAGGGUCCCUCCAUCUGGGACACUCUGGCACAUCAAGGCAAAGUCAACAACCGAGACACAGGUGAUGUAGCCUGUGACAGCUACAACAAGUACCCAGAAGACGUGCAGCUGAUGAAGCAGAUGGGACUGAAGUACUACCGCUUCUCCAUAUCAUGGCCCAGAAUCUUCCCGACAGGUGAACAACAGGAUGGGGUGAACGCAGAUGGCGUCAGAUACUACAAUGCCCUCAUCGACGAGUUGAUAGCCAAUGACAUCACGCCAAUGGUUACCCUGUUUCACUGGGACCUGCCGCAGGUUUUACAGGACCGGUACGGAGGUUUCCUGAACAACCUCACCACCAACAGUACCGCGAUCCACGAUCUGUUCGGGGAUUACGCCCGCUUCUGUUACCGGAACUUCGGGAAUCGCGUGAAGUACUGGAUCACGUUUAACGAACCCUGGAUCACGGCAUGGCUUGGGUACGGUAUUGGUAACUUCGCCCCCCAGCACAAUGAACCUGCCACAGGACAGUACAAAGCAGCCCACAACAUCAUCCUGUCCCACGCUAAAGCCUACCAUAUCUACGACGACGAGUUUAGAGCCACACAGAAUGGCAAGGUUGGUAUCACCCUGAACUGUGACUGGGGAACCCCGAAGACUCCGGCUGACACCGAGGCAGCGACGCGGUACGUCCAGUUCUUCCUGGGCUGGUUCGCCCAUCCCAUAUACAAGAACGGCGACUAUCCGGAGGUCAUGAAGACAACCCUGGCAAGGAAAGCCCAGGAGGAAGGGAGACCCACGUCACGUCUGCCUGAGUUUACUGAAGAGCAGAAGGCUUACGUCAGUCACACCAGCGACUUCUUCGGCCUGAACCACUACACUACUGUAGAGGUUACAGACACCUGCUGUAGUGAAAUUGCUGACCCCAACUACGACACCGACAAGGAUGUUCACACCGGGCAUGCGGCUGACUGGCCGGUCGCCGCCUCCGUCUGGCUCUACGUUGUUCCGUGGGGAAUCCGGAAUCUGCUGGGCUUCAUCCGGGACGAGUACGGAGAUCCGGAUGUCUACGUCACGGAAAACGGAAGGUCUGACCAUGACCAGGAUCCCGGCAUUAUGAUGGACAUGGACCGGAUCUGCUACUAUAUGAUGUACACCAACGAAGUCAUGAAAGCUCACAACCUGGACAAUGUCAAGGUGAAGGCCUACACAGCCUGGUCCCUUUUGGACAACUUCGAGUGGCUAUCCGGCUACUCCGAGCGUUUCGGCCUCCACUUUGUAGACUUCAACGACCCAGAGCGCACCCGGUACCCCAAAGCUUCCUCCGUCUUCUUCAAGCAACUGGUGAGAAACAACGGGUACCCGGAGGGUUCCGAGUUCACCAAGUACGUGGAGAAUAUGUGGUACUUUUGCCACAACACCACAGAAGCAGAAGUGAACGGACCGGCAGGGGGCGCUUCUACAAUCUCGUCCCUGUUCUCGCUGUUUCUAGCGAUACCUAUCUUGGUGGUAUGCCACUUCAUCGCUUGAACAGUUGGCUGAAGUAGAGGUUCCUACGAAUCUUUAAUCGUAGUCUUGGUUGUGUUUAAAUUUGCAGACGGAACAUUGUUUUUGCUCUGUUUCUUCUUCUUCUUCUCCAAACAAAUUAGUUCAAUGACCUGAACCAGACGUCUAUCACCAUGGUAACUAGUGUUGGGUUACAUAAUGCUGCAAUUUUAUAGCAGGAAGGAUUUAGACUCCUGUCAUCAUAUGAAUGUGUUUGAGUAAGAAUCAACAGAGCAGACCAUAUGCGAAGGUAAACAUUAUGAACAUUUUCUUUGCAAAUGUUACCGUCUAAAUGUGUCGUGUUGAGCCGAGUUGUCCAGCUUACUAGUACCUACAAAUGCCAAUGUCUUUGCUUGAUAGAACGUCCUUGCUUGAUGGUGUUCUUCCUAACACUAAUGACGGCAUUUGUGUAGCUACAUGCAACGUUAUCAUUCCAAUAUUCUUCUCAAAAAUAAAAUAUAUGAGUGACGCCAUAUAAUAUAUGGAUACAAAAUGCAUUAGGCUCCCUCCAAAUUUCAUUUUUUUUGUGUAUGUCAUAAGAUAUUUUGAUGAGAAGUGCAUAUGCAGGAGAUACAUAAAUGGUUUGAUAAUAUAUGAUGAAGGAAAGAAACAGGACAGGACAUUACUGCAAUGUUCCAAUGAUUUAUUGCUGUUUUCAUGACGAAUAAAAAGACUUGUU